GAGCCCUUUCUGAUUCCGAAUAGCGGCACCCGAGCAGGGAUCGCGUAGGAAGAGAAGCCUCCAGUGAGGAGGGAGGGGAAGGGAAGGGCAGGGCAAGCGGGCGGCAUGCAGUGUGAAGGAACAGUCUAGCUAUAGAGAGCAAAAGAAACGACAGGCGAGAAAGAAAAAGAAGGACAAACAGCUAGAGGGCGAGAGCAAGAACAUCCAGUCGGCCACAAAGGAAGAUUAAGAAUCUCAGCACGAGACAGGAGGAAUUAUGGGGUCGGGGACGAGUCCGAAGGGGUCAGCUGGAGGAAGCAAUGCAACCUCUGGCAAUGAGAAGAAGGGACAAGCAAAACCUGGAGGCCCAGUGCUGGAGGAAGCCCAAACAUGUUGUGGCUGCCGCUUUCCUUUGGUGGUCGCUCUGUUACAGCUUCUGCUGGGCAUCGCAGUAGCAGGCGUGGCCUUCCUCAUGAUCACCAUUAGCCCCUCUCUGCUGGCCAGGGAGACGCCCCAUUGGGCCGGCAUCAUUAUGUGUGUGGUGUCUCUGCUGGGAUUCAUCCUCUUCUGCAUCACCAGAGUGCCUGAUGAGAGAGCAUCAGUUCAAUUUAUCAUAAAGCUCCUGUACUUCUUCCUGUGCACGAUGGGGCUGGUCAUUUCCGUAGUGGUCAUCGCCUUCCAGUGCUACCAUUAUGCCCUGACUAACAGCUACCACUGCACGGAAAUGAUGGAGGAUUGUAUGUGCACCCUGGACCCCGAUGACCCCAUCGCCCGCACUUUCACCUACAGAGGUGUGACAGACUGCAGUGCCAUCAUCAGCACUCUACCCAUGUAUUACCUUCUGCAGAUGGUGCUGAACCUGGCUCAAGCCAUCAUCUGCCUGGUGGGGGCCUUCCUGAUAUGGAAGCACAGGUACCAGGUGUUUUUUGCUGGGCUACAGACGGGAUCUCCUUCUGCACAGGAUUGGCAGAAAGUUUAGAGCACCGAGAGAUUUCUGUCGAGAAGUAAACAUGUGGAGCGUGGGAGUGUUUGUGCCUUUAGGGAAGAAACUGUUUGCUGCAAUAUCUUUCCCAAUGGGAGUUUUCUGUCAUGUGACCUUUUAUCAAAGCAGUUGAAUGAGUCUGUGUUUGUAUUGCCAUAUUAUAACAUUUUGGAAAGUUUUAUGCAAUUUUUAGAGUUAUUGUAUUUUUCUACAUUGGCUGUUUGAAAAAAAAAGUUUACCACUGCCAAGGAGAGUAUUUUUAUCUAUGACGCAAAAUGAGACAUGUUGUUUAAAAAAAAAAAAAAAAAACGAGUGACACAAACUGCUGUUGUUGUUACUAUUGUGGUAAUGCCAUGGAUAAGAAUUCAUUUAAUUGCCAGUAUUAAAUUUGGCUUAG